AUGAAUACAGAGACCCUUUUGUUACCUGUCAAGUGGGCAAACUGUACCAUCGCCACCCACAUUGCUCACUGGGCCUGGGAAAACCCCCUCUGGCGGGAGCUGCUGCUGGAGAGGCUGGGGUGGAACCCCAGGCAGAUUCAGGCCCUGCUCUGGGAAGGGAGAAGUAUGGCUGAGGACUUACCUUCUAGUGGGCACAACUUUGAAGAACUUGUUUUCGCUCACAGGAAGCCUUUGGUUUAUGGAAAGAAAAACAUCUCAGUGCUUCUCUCAUGGUGCACGGGGCUGCUUGACAUUGGGGCAACUCUGCAGUGCCCAGAAAACAUGGCUCCGGAACAGCAGGCUGUACUGACCAACCUGAUGCAGAAGUACCCGACUGCACUUUCAAACCGGUGGUUACUGGACCACAUACCCAGGGAAGGCCAGUUUUCCAUAAGAAAACAUUCAGACUAUUACGACCCUUCCACAACCUCAGCUCCUCUUUUCAUGAACUGA